AUGUACCGCUCUGUAAGGUAUCCGACAGUUCCAUAUGGCCAAGGCGAUGAUGUCAGUCAGGAAAUGUCCGGACCGGAGUCAGCAGCGCCCUCCGCUGUGAUCCGCGUCUUCAUAAUCAGAAAGUUCCGUGGCCGCUCUUCUCUGUUCAGCUGUGGCGCACACACUCCGGCAAUGGGCGACCUAUUCGCACCGGAUCCCAACAGCUGGCCAGCGAAGCUCGUGGUCCGCGUAGGCAAGACGUUUCGCUCAAACAAAUCAUUUACCCAGGCUGCCAUCGAGCAAAACAAGGCUCGCGACGAAGAGCGGCGGCGGAAGCGGAGGGAAGCUCAUGCUGCAAAGAACCACUACAAGCUUCGCGACUCCCACGAUACAGCCCGUUCGGGCGACGAUCUCAAUGAGCUUGGCGAACGGGACUACACUGCCUUCAGCGAUGCGUCGACUCUUGUCGACCAUCGCGACAACACUGACAUGCUUCACCGGCUGGCUCACCAUGACUCUUUCGACUCCUUGGUGGACAGUGCGGUGGAGUCGAGGAAGCUUGGUGGUGGCGAGACGAACGAGCCUCAUCUUGACAAGCUUACCCACGUCUCGACUAGGUACCUGCGCAUGGUAGAGAGCCUUCCGGGAGACCUUUGGCAACGGGUCGCUGGAUUCCUGAACCCUACCGAUGCCGCUCUCCUCGCGCUAUCGAGCCAUGCGAUACGGCAGAAGCUCGGUCCUGCGCCAUUCCAAGCCUUGAACCUGCCACAGAACAAACAUUAUCGCAUUGCAUUCCUGCAUAGUAUGGAUCAUCAACUACCAGAUCACCUGCUGUGCUUCCCGUGCGGACGUUAUCAUCGCCGCUCGCUGCCCGGCAGAGAGUCUCUCAAGGCCGACUACGUCAACCAUCCUGUGAUUCCUUGUCCACAGGUCAAGACUUCUGUACUACCACGCAUGCGCUUGUGCCAUGCUCGCGAGCUGCCGUACGCCUUUGUACAGUUGGCACUCAGGCAGCGGCAUGGCAAAACGCAUGGGAUCCCGCACGAGGCUCUCGAUAGGCGUUGGAGUCAUGCUGAAAGCGGGUGGUCGUUUCGCUCACGUUACAUGAUGCACGACAACCGGCUUCUUCUUCGAGUCGUGAGCCAAAGAGUCGUACCGCCUGCCAGAAUGCUGACGAAGACGGUGGAAAGACACAUCCUCUAUGACCGCGAAGAAUACACGCCAUACUUCUCCGUUUGCGCUCACUGGCGAGACGGUGACCUGAUGGACCUUUGCAAGUGCGCCCUUUCGCAUGUUCCGGCACCACCAGAAAGCUAUUUCCAGCAAUUGAAAAAAGCGCCCAAGAUCAGUCGCGCAGCAGCUCAUCCUUGUUUCCUCGUCCGCGGCUGUGAUUGGUGCAGACCGGCUCGCCGGUGUCCGGAAUGCCCGACAGAGUAUCUGAUUCACAUACAGAUGGUAGAGGACAAGCACGACCCUGCUCAACCGUUCAAGCAUGCCAUCGUUGUGACGAGAUGGAGUGACCUCGGAGAUGGCAGUAGCCCGUACACGUCACCUGAGUGGGCGGCAAUCAACGGCAUCACUAUACCAGCCGAAGAAGGUGGACACGAGUACGAAAGCUUCAGCCACAUUGGCAGGCGAGCUGUCAGUGGCAUCGUCGAGUCUAAGGCGAGCUGUUUGUUACAUCGUUCUAAUUCAAACAUUGUCUGCACGCGUUGCGGCGUCGUCUCUGGCAUCAAGAUCGUUCAGUCAUUGUCGUCUCAUGCCUUGUGCUGCUCAGUACGAUGGCUCUUCAACAUACUUGUCCCGCGAAGAGUGACGCCUUCCUCCAGCAAUGCAAUCCAAACACCAGACGAUGCUGGCCACAAACAGCGACGCGGUUGCACACCACGUCAAAAUCAGGAACCUGGUGCCUCUUACUGCACUGAUGCCGAAGUCAUCGCCGUAAUGGUUGAUCAGGUCCACCGCUUUGACAGCGAUUGCCGUGGCAAUGGCGCUUGCGAUUCCAAUCACAACAAACGCCAGCCAAUCCAUCAGCACGUUGAGGAAGGCACUUACGCGGCCUUGGAAGAAGAAGCAGAUCAAGGCCAGUAUAAGCGCAAGACCUGUCAAGCCAAUGCCGACGCAAUAGAGUACGAACAUUACUUUGGUCGCAACGUUCAGCGCAUGAAGGCCAGUGUCGAUGGAACCCGGCCACUGCAAGUCCUCGAUAUUGAUGGCGCUAUGUCCAGUACUGUUUAG